AAGAUACAGUAAUAAGUAAUAAAUAACAAUACCGAUCACCCAGUUUACAUUACUUACUGUUAAGAUUCGGUUAAUGCUUGUGCAGGAGCGAUAUGUGAUGCGAGUCCGAGAUGUGCAGGAGCGCUGGAGUAACUUCGUGACAAACGAACAACCUCGUUUCCGCUCAGACCAUCGCGAUACUGUAAACUUCAAAAGCAUUCGUUGAAAUGUCAAAAGACCAGCAAAAACCAUGUUCGAUUGAACCUUCGCAUGCGGAGUACCGCGAAGAGGUAUGUAGACGACAGCGUGGUUUGGACUGGAGAAACGGCACGGCGCUUGUCACUGGCGCAGGCGCAGGAAUCGGGAAGCCGUUGCGUUGGGCUUGUGCAACAAAGGUCUUCGAGUUGUUGCUGUGGACAAAAAUCAUGAUGGGCUGGAGAAAAUGGCAUCGAAACUGGACGAAGACAGCCGUGAGCGCUUGUCAGUUCGUAUGUGUGACCUUGGACGAAAGGAGGAUAUAAGCGAACUGUUCAAUUUCAUCGAGAGUACCAUGGGAAGACUUGAUGUCUGCGUUAAUUGUGCGGGCUUUUCUCACUACACCACAUUGACUGAUGGGGAUGCCGAACAGUGGGAGCAGAUGUUAAAUGUUAACGUGCUCGCCGUGGCUGUUUGUUCAAAAGAGGCAAUUGGGCUUAUGCGUAAACACGGGGAUAAUUCCGGUCACAUAGUAAACAUUUCCAGCAAUCUCGCUCAUUAUGGACCCCCAAGUGACCACAACUAUUUGCGGUUUUAUUCAUGUACCAAAUUCGCACUGAAGUCUUUCAAUGAAGGAUUACGACAAGAGCUUCGGGAUCAAAAAUCUUCUAUCAGGAUAUCGAGCAUUAGUCCCGGAUUGGUUCGCACGGAAUUCAUGGGUUCUGUAUUAAAGACUCAUCCAGAGAAACUUGAAAACUACUACGAUCAAUAUCCGGCGUUGGAGCCAUCUGAUGUUGCCGGUGCGGUUAUAUACGCACUGUCAACGCCUCGUCAUGUGGAAAUUAACGAAAUUGUCAUGUAUUCCACAGAGAAAAUUGCUGAUUAUUCAGACUGAAAAUGUUUUUUUGAGUUGCUUCUUUAGUAGCGAAAGGGCGUUGUUACAGAUAUACACUUUGUGAAUUUUUGAUAUUGGACUAAUUGUAACGCCGCAUAUUUAACGUUCAUUUUUUAUACAUAACUGAAGAUAUUUUCGAACGUACGCGCCUCCUUGUUUCGUAGUUUGUUUUUCAAACACAAUAAAAUUAUUGCACUGGUUGGUAAAAUUGGCAUACUUUCUCGUGAAA